GGCAGGACGCGCGCCCGCGCGGGGAGCGUUUGCAGGCGGGCGUGUGCAUGCCCGCUUCCCGGGGCGCGGGGGGCGCAGGGGGCGGCGGCGGCGGCGUGCGCGGGGAGGGCGCGGCCCGGGGGACCGGACGCCGGGGGACAUGGCGGCGGGCGGCGCGCGUAGCCGCAGCCUGGCGGGCCUGCUCCCCGCGCAGACCUCGCUGGAGUACGCGCUGCUCGACGCCGUCACGCAGGACGAGCAGGACCGCCUGGUCUACCAGUACCUGCAGAAGGUGGACGGCUGGGAGCAGGACCUGGCCCUGCCCGAGUUUCCGGAAGGUUUAGAAUGGCUGAAUACGGAAGAGCCCAUUUCUGUCUACAAGCAUUUAUGUGGAAAAGUGGUCGUGCUUGACUUCUUCACCUACUGCUGCAUAAACUGUAUUCACCUGUUGCCUGAUCUCCACGCGUUAGAAAAGAUGUAUUCUGAUACAGAUGGUCUUCUGAUCGUUGGCGUUCACUCGGCUAAGUUUCCAAAUGAGAAGGUCCUGGAGAACAUUCAGAGUGCCGUUCUCCGCUACAACAUCACCCACCCUGUGGUCAACGACGCAGAUGCCAGCCUCUGGCAAGAGCUGGAAGUGUCCUGCUGGCCAACUCUGGUCAUUCUUGGGCCCCGUGGAAACAUGUUAUUUUCUUUAGUUGGAGAAGGGCACAAAGACAAAUUAUUUUUGUAUGCAUCGAUUGCUUUGAAGUAUUACAAAGACAGGGGACAGAUCAGAGAUCAUAAAGUUGGAGUAAAACUCUACAAGGAUUCUUUGCCGCCAUCACCCUUGUUGUUUCCUGGCAAAGUGACCGUGGAUGAUGUUUCUGAUAGACUGGUAAUAGCAGACACCGGACAUCAUAGAAUUUUGGUUGUCAGGAAGAAUGGGCAAAUCCAGUACAGCAUUGGAGGACCCAACCCUGGAAGAAAAGAUGGAAUAUUUUCAGAAUCAGCCUUUAAUUCACCACAGGGUGUAGCCAUAAUGAAGAAUGUCAUCUAUGUGGCAGAUACUGAAAACCACCUAAUCAGAAAGAUUGACCUGGAGACCGAGACGGUGAGCACCGUAGCUGGCAUUGGAAUUCAAGGGACAGAUAAAGAAGGCGGAGCCAGUGGACAGCAGCAGCCCAUCAGUUCCCCUUGGGAUCUAGUUUUUGGAACAUCAGGUUCAGAGUCCCAGAAGGAGGACGUUCUCUGGAUCGCCAUGGCCGGGACGCAUCAGAUCUGGGCCCUCCUGCUGGACGAUGGCCGCCUCCCCAAGAAGAAUGACUUGAAGAAGGGAACAUGCCUCCGGUUUGCUGGAAGUGGGAAUGAGGAGAAUCGAAACAACGCCUAUCCUCACAAGGCAGGCUUUGCCCAACCUUCUGGCCUGUCUCUGGCCUCUGAAGACCCCUGGAGCUGCCUGUUUGUGGCUGACAGCGAGAGCAGCACCGUGAGAACCGUCUCCCUGAAGGAUGGAGCUGUCAGGCACCUCGUGGGCGGAGAGCGCGAUCCCAUGAAUCUGUUUGCUUUUGGUGAUGUUGAUGGAGUAGGAAUCAAUGCCAAGCUUCAGCACCCACUUGGAGUCACUUGGGAUAAAAAAAGGAAUUUGCUUUAUGUGGCUGACUCUUAUAAUCACAAGAUUAAAGUUGUGGAUCCAAAAACAAAAAACUGUACAACAUUAGCAGGAACUGGAGAGGCCAGUAACAUUAUCCACUCCUGUUUCACCGAGUCAACUUUUAAUGAGCCUGGAGGCUUAUGUAUUGGAGAGAAUGGUCAGUUACUGUAUGUAGCAGACACCAACAACCACCAGAUUAAAGUGAUGGAUUUGGAAACAAAAACCCUGUCUGUGCUUCCAGUUUUCAAAUCCGGAAACGUCACAGUAGAUGGCCCGUUAGCAGUAGAAAAACCAAAGACAUUACCCAAACUACCUAAAUCUGCUCCAAGCGUUACACUUUCCCCCGUGGCUGCAUCUCCAGGCCAGACACUUCAGCUCAAGCUGAGCCUCGACCUCCCCCCGGGGACAAAGCUAACUGGAGGAGCCCCCAGUUCCUGGUUUCUGAACGCCGAAGGCAAUGAAUGGCUUCUCCAAGGACAGGUGACUUCCGGGGAAAUUGAGGACCUUUCCCGUCAGCCAACAAUCUCCCUGGAGCUCCCUGGCACCUGCUUGCCCCUGGAGGCUGUGUUAUCGGUCAGCGUGUUUCUCUACUACUGCAGCGCGGACAGCAGCGCCUGCAUGAUGCAGGCAGUCCUGUUCCGGCAGCCUCUGCAAAUCACUGACACUCAGCAGGGCAGCGUGGCCCCCGCAGAGCUCAGGUAUGCGUUUUAGCUGCCUCGCUAGCAGCCCCGCCACCGCAGCACCUGGCCUCCACCCUCACUUCCCAUCCCUCUGACUGACGGGAAGAAACGGCGCCUCUGCUUCUGCGGACCAAGAAAUGUGUUGCUCAGUUCCAGCAGCUGGUUCUAAUAAAGCCAUGCUCCUCAUCUGCUUAUUUCUUACAAGCAAACACCUUCACCUGGCCACGGGCCAGAUAGUCAUUGCCCAUCAUUUGAACCGUGCUAACGUAAUCUCUGCUGCUAUUGGCACACGACUUAACCCACACACACACACACACACACACACACACACACACACACAAACUAUGGUGUAUAUUACCUUGUGAUUUACAGAAAUUACUGAACAAAAAUGAUACCAAAUAUUUUACCUCACUUUUUCUACUUUUAUUAAUAGCAAGCAUCACACUUCAGUGUAUAAAUUUCACAGUAAUUUUAGCCUAAGAUUUACUCCAUAUGUUGAUAGAAGGACACUUGCAUUCAAGGUCUGCUUUAAGCCAAAAGGAAAAAAAAAAAACAACAGUUUCAAAAAAUGUUAAGUAUAUUUAAAAGAGAAUCUCAGUCUAUUUUUAUGAUAAGUUAUUUGCUAUUUUAACAUACCAUUAGUAAUGCCUUAUGACUCAAUACAGGAAAAAAUUAAAGAUAGAGUUUAGGACACAGAGACUCAUGUUUUAACUAUUUUCUGAAUGAAUGGUCUUUACCAAAUCAUGUAUGAGUCCCCCAAAAUAUCGUGCCUUUCAAGGACAGUGGGACUCAGGGACACAUUACCGUGAUGUUAGCAAGUGAUGGAUUCAUUGUUGAAAACGAUGUCGAUGAACAUGUGUGCUGACUUAGAAAUUGACUUUUCACUUGUAAGAAUUUGGGGUGGAUUGGCUGGAUCUCUGUUUCUUUUUGUUGUUCCCAUAUUUGGAAUUUAAACCAAAAUCAUUGAUUGUGAUUUUUUUUAGGUCACCUUUAGGGGGCCGGGCUGUCACCCCAACACCUCCAAGUUUGUGUGUCCUCCCAUCCCAUCCCCCAGUCCCCUCCCCCUCCACAGCUUCCCCACGCCCUGCAGGGUCCCGGGGCAAGGUAAAGCCCACACCCUCGCUAGCCUAGCUCGAACAAACACCCCUGACCACCAGGCUCAGUGGAGGCUGAGGGAUCUCGAGCACCACUGGGAGGUCCCACCUUCUUCCUUUCAAUCACAUCUAAGCCUUAAUCCUUCAAAGUUUCAAAUUUCAAAAUUCACAAUUAAAAAAAUCCUUCAAAUUUCAGUGUGGAACAUUUCUCUACCAUUGGUAGGUGAAAUUUAUUUUGAUACAGUAUUCUUUAAAGUAUUAAGGCUGGAACAUACAGUGAUUUGAUGAUAUUAUUUGUGGGGAUGGGUGAGGGGUCUUUAUUCCCCACCCCAAAAGUCACUAGAAGAUAGUGAUGGCUCUUAUUGUUGUCAUACUUUCUCUUUUUUUAAAAAAAAAAAGCAUCUUUUUGUUUUGACUAGAACUAAUUCAUCAUGUUUAUCAUGUAGUCAGCAUACAAGAUUUUAAAAACACCAGGUGAACCAUAUUUAUUUACCCAAUAAAUAUUUAUAGACAGUCUGGUGUAUAAGUCAUUCUCCACACACAGUAUUAAAUCUCAAGUGUUAUUUUCCAACACCAUCAUCUCUACCAUUCUCUUGUAUUUUUUAAAAUAGAUUUGACAUACUUAUUACAUUUGAAUUAGCUAAAUGUCUGAAGUAAGAAAAUGCAUAUCUUAUGACCAAUUUCAUUUGUGUCCUGCUAAACCUACUUUUAAGAGAUGCACUAAUGUAAAAUUGAAAGAAUUUCUAUUUAAAGUUAUAUGUAAUUACCUCAUAAGCCUUUUCUCUCAACGGAAAGUAUGUUCUAUGAAAAAAAAAGGUUGUAUAACAUUAAUAUUCUCUUUGAAGAGAGCAUACCAUAGUCAUCUUUAAAUCUAGUUUGAUUUAUUUCCAGUUGGACGGGAUGAGAAUAUUUGUUUAAUCUUUUAUUUAACAUCCUAAACCUUCCCAGACUCCAAAAGUUUACACUGUUUUAACAUACUAAUUCAGAAAUACCAGAUAAUAUGUUAAUAUAUAAACAUGCAUAUAGAUACAUUAUGUAUUAUAUAUAUCAAAAGUAUUUUUUAGAAUCUAAUAACAUUCCCUUUGACUGAACAAGAGUUUUAGGAUAGUUGAAACCUUAUAGUUUUCUUGACUAUAUCAAAGUAGUUCUUUUUAACAUUCUUAUUCUUACCCAAUCACCAGUCUGUAUUGCUUUUACGUUAAAAGUAUUUAUAUGGACUAGAGUUUAUUUAUUUAUUUUUUUUGUAAAGUCUCGAUCUUUGUUUCCCUUCUAUUUCUGUGAUAUUGGUUCUGUAAUGUUAGUUUAAAUUUUACUUAUCUUACAUAAAUUAUUGGACUGGAGCGAUAUAGCACAGCGGGUAGGGCAUUAGCCUUGCACGCGGCCAAUCCUGGUUCAAUUACUCCAUCCCUCUUGGCAAGCUACCGAGAGUAUCCCAUCUGCAUGGCAGAGCCUGGCAAGCUCCUCAUGGCGUAUUCGAUAUGCCAAAAACAGUAACAAGUCUCACAAUGGAGACGUUACUGGUGCCCGCUCAAACAAAUUGAUGAACAACAGGACGACAGUGCUACAUAAAUUGUGACCCUGGUAGUUUAAAAAAGAUUUUAAUAACUGUCACCUAAAUACCAGUAAUGUUCUAUCAUAUACACUUUUGCAUAAUACCUUCACUCUUGGCUCUAAAUUUUCCUCUUGGCUUGGCAGUCAUUUUUUCCCCCCAACGAUAUCACAAAAAUGAUACCUUUGUGAUAAUCAUUUCACAAAUAAUAGAGAUUUUCUUUCAGAAUCCAUACUCAGAUUGAUUUGAUCCCUGAAAGUACCUAUCUUGGAUAUGCUGUCAUAAGCAAAUAUUUCAUCGAUUCAUAAGGGAAGAUCUGGUACUCCAAUGACUCUUAACUGUACCUUUGGCAAAGUUCAAUAACCAAAACAAAAUUCUUUAACCAUUCUGUUAAUAUAUUUAUAAUAAUAAUUAGGCCUGCAGAAAACUUGUAGUCUUAACACAGUCUCCCCAAAGCUUGAUUUGUGUGGGCAAGUGUCUGUAAAUAUACUUAUCUACACAUGCACAGAUGAAAAGACCAACCAGAAACAUCUCAGACAGGUUUCUCUCGUGGUCAAUAUGCUUUUGACUAAUAGCGUCUCUGAGAUAAGUUACUCUACAGUUGGAAAAAUGAGAGUCUCAGGCUUAAUUGCAGAUGCUCUUAUUUUAGUUCUGUUUCUCAGGUCUAGGUCUUUUUUUUUUUCACGAGCAUUGUGUUAUUUUCCAAAUAAGUCCCUAACCUCACCCUCCAAAAUACAGGGUGUCUUGGGUUUUGUUUGUGGAUCACACCCAGCGAUGCUUGGGGCUUACUCCUGUCUCAGCACUCAGGAAUCACUCCUGGCGUGCUUUGGGGACCAUCUGGUUUGCCAGGGGAAUUGAACCCAGUUGGCCGACGCAAGGCAAGCAUCAUACCUGAUGUACUGUCUCUGACCCCCGAAAUUGAUAGUUUUUUUGUUUUCAUGAUAAAAUGAAUUGAAUAUUGAAGGCCUACUGUAUAAUAAAAACUUGUCACAUUUAUUACCAAAGAUCAAAACAUAGUUUGGAUCCUCUUGGCCUAUUAGUUUUCCUAAGUGUGUGAUUUGGUAAAGACAGAAACUACUGGGUACAGGGGCUCACUCUUACACUUUACCGUGGGCUGGAGUCACCUGACUGCCAGUCACCCUAAAAAAUGGGACUGGUAUUCCCAUCUUAUGGAAUGUGCUGCAGGGCUUCAAUAAAAGGGUUGUGAAGCAUUUAGUAAUUAGCAAAAUGGCUAUGGUGACUGGCUUAGUAAUACUGAUAGUAAGAAUUUACGACCUUCCAUAAACUGAAAUGGCAUUUUCUUUUCAGGCCCCGUAUCUAUGAAAAAUAUGCCUAAAGUUGGAAUUCAAGACAGUUUUAUAGUAAAGCAUGUCACUAUUAUGGAUGAUAUUUUAAAAUAAAAAACCAUACCUAAGGUUUUAUAUGUAGAUGAUUAAGUGUAAAGCCCUGGAAUUUUGAGUGAUAAGGUUCUUUUGAGAGGAUCCAGACUUACGUUCCCAGAACCACAUUUUUGGACCGUGCCCUGCUGGUGCUUUACAAAAUCUUCCACGUGCCUUCUUGCAUUUCACCUUAUUGGGGCAUCAGAGUAAUCAAUAAAUGAGACAAGUAGCAUUUUACAGCUGAGAAAACAGCUUCAGAAUGUUAAUGACACAUUCGUUGCUCUAGCUCAACUAGGAAAGAUGUCUGGAAGACGGACUUUAUUCCUGGUCCUACUCCUAGAUGUCAAAUGAAAACGAACUGUGGAGUGAAAAGUGCUUCUUUCUUCUUAGGAAGACUUUCUUAAGCCGUGGCAGUAUUUAAAUAAAGUGAUGGAUAUACAUAUCAACUCCCUUUAUCCUCACCACAGCAUUAUGAGGUCAUCUUUUACUUAGUUCCCUGGUGAGGAAUCUCUUGACACACGCAAGUUAGAAGCAGUUACACCAGCACAGUCAGAAGCUCCAUUUCUGAAAGGACAGAGUACAGAGAAGUUGCUUUGUUGUUUUCCUUAUUGCCCCCCAAAGUCCGUCUUCCAGACAUCUUUCCUAGUGUAGCUAGAAUCACUAAUCCAAGGACCUCCUCAUCCAUCUCUUUGGAGUUCGCAUUAUAUAUGCUUGUCCUUCAGCAACUGCAGAGGUCUGUGUCUCCUUUCCCAUAAAUUAGGAGGUUCUACUCCUUCUGAAAUUCACAUAGUAUCCAGAGGGCUUUCUCGGGAAAAUAAUGUAUUCAAGAAUUAAAUAGCUUUUGAGGAUUAGCUGCAACAAUGUUCAUGUCAUUGAUCUUUAAAACACAGUGUCAUAAUGUGUAGCUGAAUUUCUAGCACAAGGCUGAGGCAGAGUCUAAGGAGCUUCUUCAGUCUUAAAUAUACACACAGCCCAUAGUCCUUGGUUCCUAAAUAACCAAGUGGUGUAUUCACCACUACUCCGUCACACGGUGAUUCCAAUCCACACCGCUCCAACAGGGAAGAUUUUCACCAGGUCAAUCUGUUAUCCCAGCACAGUUCCUGAAAAGGAUAAAAGUGCUGAAUGCCAUUGAUCAAGAAUAGUGCCCACCGCCCCCUUGGUUCAUUUAAGUAGUAGUAUUAGAAUUACUUUAUUUAGCCACAAAAUUCUACUCUAAACUCCCAAAUGAAGUAUUCUCUAAAAUGUAUUGGCAGUGUCCUACUUCAGAACUAAAGUUCACCAUGAAUCAAGAUUUCUCUCCUUUCCUCCUCUCCUAUCACACAAUAGUUUAUUUAAGGAAUUCACACUAACCCAGUCAUUCUUUUGUCCUAAGUCAUUCAAAGUUCCCCCCUCCCCAUGUCCCCCCCCUCAAUUUUCUGGCAAGAGGAUAAUACACAGUGUGACAUUAAAAGCUGGAGCUCAGGGAAUGUGUGCGUGAGAGAGAGAGAGAGAGAGAGAGAGAGAGAGAGAGAGAGAGAGAGCGAGAGCCGUGAGCAGCUGAGCAUGGCCUCUCACGCUCUGAGCUGCUGGCUGGGCAGCGGCCUCCAGCCAGACAGCCCGCUGGCCACACAGCACCGUCUGGUCACUCCUUGGCUUCACCUCUGUCUCGUAAUGAGCUGAUUUGGUUUAAUUAUUGUUGGGACGUGAAAACCCUCAGCACUGGUGGAAUGUUUGCCUUGUGCUAGUUAUUCAUUGCUUGGCGUGUCCCUCUCUGCUGGCCUGUUGCUCUGAGUGCACCCAAAGGACGUAUUGUCCCCUCGGAAACCCCAGGAACAGACGAAAGACUCCCAAGCAUCUUCUACUCUGUUCCACUGCCUAUAUCAGGAUCUGUAUACUAACGAGCACAAAGCAGCCACAUGCUCCAAAGCAUUUUCCUAACGGUCAGGACAUAGUAUGAAAUUCUUCCUUUUUAAAUAGCAACUAACUUACAGACCUGGUGUUUUUCAGUAAUAGAAUUAAGAAAAAAAAAUUGACCUUUUUUUAAUGUUGAAACUCCAAACUAUGCAUUCAGUAGACAAAUAGAAUUUAUUACCAUUUGCUUUUAACAUUUGCUUUAAAACUUGGUUACAUAUUUAUGUUUCAAAUAAAGUGAAAUUAAACCUCCCAGUACUGAGAAAUAGUGGGGAGAAAGCCAUGAGAUUUAAAGAUGUCCAAUUAAAACAGUAUUUGUCUAAUUCUUUAUCUGGAGUGCUGUACUCAUAAGCAAUCUUUGUUAAGGCGUAUAGGCUUUUUAGAUGAUGAUUAUUAUAAUGAAGGGAAAAGACAGGUGCUUUUCUGAAUAUUUAAAGGCACUCUACCAUGAUAUUCUCUUUCCAUAUUUAGAAUGUAUAGUCAUUAUCUUUAGUCGCACUAGAAAUAUAUUCAUUCUAUGUUGUGUUCAUUAUACCAAAUAGGUAACAAGAUUUUGCUUGUAUGGAGUUUAAAUGUACUGCUAGCUUGUAUGACCUGUCAUCCAAAUUUACCUCUAAGAAAAUGCUUCUACUUGCUUACCACAUCUUCGGCCUCUCUCUCUUUAAAAACAUGGGUAGGGGCUGGAGCGAUAGUACAGCCUAAGGUGCUUUUACCUUGCAAAUACCCAAUCUGGGUUCAAUCCCCAGGACCCAUCUGGAAUGACCCCUGAACCCCCAGCAAUGAUUCCUGAGUGGAGAGCCAGGAGGAAUAAGACCUGAAUAGUGCCCAGUCUGACCCCAAAACACAAAUGAAAAAAAGAAAAGCAUAGCUUCUGUAGAAGUUCCAGUGAGAAAUGACUGGGCCAUUACAUAAGCAAGAGAGAGAGAGCACAAAUGGUAAUUAAAAAAAAUGUUUUUUGAUAAUAUCACAAUUUCCAUAGGAAGAAGAUACUGUAUGUUUAAAGAAUGCUUUAAAAUAUUUGACUUUAAAUUUCUCCACGUACUUUGCAGUAUGCCUUUCUAGUUAUAUUUCAUAUAGGUUGGUAUUUUGUUAUGAAAUUCUCACUGUCAGUGUUGUGUUGAGAGCCAGUUUAGAAAUGUUUUUAAUUGCUGUCGUUACUGUAGGUGUGAAUUCUGGACAAAUCAGAGUUUGCUGUGUGAAGAGUUUGUGUUAUAUCUGUAUACAUAUGUGCUUAUAUUUAUAUCUGUAUAUAAAAUCACUUUCAAAUUUUAACAUAUCAUAAAUGGUUCUAUUUUAGAGACUAACAUUCUUUUACCAUCUUUUGUAUGGAUAAAAUCAUGGUUUUAUUUCUCAGAGUGGAGUUGUUCUGUUUGUACCAAUUUUAUUAUCUGUCAUUCCAAAAGUUUGAUCGUGCUUUUUUUCUCUAAAGAUAAAAACCCAAAUGAAAUCUAAUUUAUAAGUUCAUCUAUUAAUAUUUCAAUAUGGUCUGGUUCUAAAGGAAUUUUAUCAGUUUGCAUUUCUAAGCGUUUCCAAUAGAGUAAUAUAUUUUUAUACAGCACAGUUUCUACCUUUACUUCAAGACUAUCUUCGGUAACUCUUUCAAGCAUAUGUAUUAACCAGAAGCUCAUUUGGAGGAAGCGUGCGGUGGCCUUGGUUACCAGCUCGGGAGAGCUGUACAGCCUGUGAUCAGAGAAAACAAGAUGCAUUUAUGUUUAUACUGUAUCAGAAGCCUAAUGCCUCUUUUCUUAAGCUUUGUACAUUUUUUUUCAAGAAAUAGAAUAAAUAUUUUCUCUCUAAA